AUGGAGGAGAAUGACCCCAAGCCUAGCGAAGCGGCGGCGGCGGAGGGGCAGCGGCCGCCGGAAUCCAGCCCCAGCGGCGGCGCCGGCAGCCCUGGCGACGCGGACACUGGCCGCCGGCGGGCUCUGAUGCUGCCUGCGGUCCUGCAGGCGCCGGGCAACCACCAGCACCCACACCGCAUCACCAACUUCUUCAUCGACAACAUCCUGCGGCCCGAGUUCGGCCGGAGAAAGGACGCGGGGACGUGCUGUCCCGCCGCCGGAGGAGGCAGAGGAGCCGGGGCAGGCGGCGAAAGCAGCCUGGAGGGAGGCGGCGGCGCGGGCGGCGCGGAGCAGCUCCUGGUGUCGGGCCGGGAGCCCCGGCAGAACGCGCCCGGGGCGGGCGGGCCGCUGCCCGGCGGUGGCGGUAGCGACUCUCCGGGUGACGGCGAAGGCGGCUCCAAAGCGCUCUCACUGCACAGCGGUGCCAAGAAAGGAGGAGACCCCGGGGGUCCCCUGGACGGGGCGCUCAAGGCCCGCGGCUUGGGCGGCGGCGACCUGUCGGUGAGCUCAGACUCGGACAGUUCGCAGGCCAGCGCCAACCUUGGCGCGCAGCCCAUGCUCUGGCCGGCUUGGGUCUACUGCACGCGCUACUCGGACCGACCUUCUUCAGGUCCCAGGUCUCGCAAACCAAAGAAGAAGAACCCCAACAAAGAGGACAAGCGGCCCCGCACGGCCUUCACGGCAGAGCAGCUGCAGCGGCUCAAGGCCGAGUUCCAGACCAACAGGUACCUGACGGAGCAGCGGCGCCAGAGCCUGGCGCAGGAGCUCAGCCUCAACGAGUCGCAGAUCAAGAUCUGGUUCCAGAACAAGCGCGCCAAGAUCAAGAAGGCCACGGGCAGCAAGAACACGCUGGCCGUGCACCUCAUGGCGCAGGGCCUGUACAACCACUCCACCACCGCCAAGGAGGGCAAGUCGGACAGCGAGUAG